AUGUCUCGACACCCCGCGGCCAGAGCCGGGCUUCUGCGCCAGCUGCUCAGAUGUCCAACUGGAAAGUAUGACCACGAGGAGGAAAGGCAGCACUGGCACACGAGACACCUUGACCACAUUGGAGUCUGCUUCCUCUCGGUGAUCUACAUGGUCAUGCUGUAUGCGCUGGGACAUGGAACAGAUCCAUCAGUUCCAGCACCGCCUGCUCUUGUGUUCUCCGCGCAGGUUGUUGUUGCAAUCCUUGCGUUAUUCAAUCUAUAUGUUGAAUUGUAUGCCUUGCCCAGGGCAACAAAAGAAGCGGACGAUGAUUUUCUCGUAACAUAUGGACCCUUGGGCAGGUGGGUUUACUUGACACAUCAAACAAUUGGAGCUUUAGCGGUUCACGCUAUAAUUUCUGUCAUGGCUCCUUCUGUGAGCGGACGUUUGGCUUGUGGAAGCUACGCUGCAUCGCCUCUGGUUGGAGCAUCAGGCGUGUUCGUGACCAUCCAGUACUUCAAUUUAGUGUUCAGCCAUCCGGAUCACGAAAAGCAAUGUCAGGUAUGGGCCGCGCGUGGAGUGCGCUUCGGUUUUAUUGACUGCAUGCGUCACAUCUUGCCCAUGAUUGUGGCAGUCUUUGAUAUCAUGCUGAAGCAUGGAGACACACUGCGUGCCACCAUGCCUUCCACGUUUGGGCUCGUUUGCCUUCACUUUAUUUAUGUGACCGUCUUUGUAGUCGCUAUACACUUCAAUCAUUGCAGAACAGGUCGCUGGCCCUACAGCUUCAUGAAAGAUCUGGGUGUCAGUGCCACUAGAUGGCUGACGUUCUUGGCAGCGCAAGGAUGCAUUCUGUCUGUAUGCGGCGUGGCCUUGGCCAGGCUUGCGAAUCUGUGUUUGUGGUGA